AAACAAGCUCUAAGUAACUAGCAUACCAUAUCGAGCCUUUUACACCGCCACAAUAACAUUAGAGUUAAGGAGCAUGACUGAUAGAAUUUUACUACAUGUUUUAUUAUGCAGUAUCUGAGCCAUUUCUCAUUUACUCAUGCGCAUCAGUGAGAAUCGGGUUGAAAUUAAAGGAAAGAUGAGGCCUCGAGGCGUUUUUCGUGCUCGGUAGUAAAGUGAUGUUCCAAAUGCUAGUUUCUUGGCUCCCAAUCUAACGAAACUUAAGUAAAAAUCUCAUACUCGAGCUCCAACUCGAUCUUUCCAGUGAAAGCGUGCUCGAGCUCAUAAAUACUUAACUCGGCUCAGCUAGGCUCCAUCUUUUCUAGUGAAAUCAGGAGAUUUUCUCGUUCGUUUAUUGCUUAAGACUAAUUCUGGUUCGCAGCGAAAGAAAAAGGAAAGCUGGCGCACUACCUGAGCGAACGAACUGUACAAAUAGUACUGCUAACUCUCUUCUCUGUCUGUCUGUGACGUCUGUCUGUCUGUCUGUCUGUCUGUCUCUCUCUCUCCCUCUCCCUCUCUCUGUCUCUGCAAAUUGCCUUACCGGUAUUAGCUGAGCAGCAGACUCGAAGCACGUUGCUUUCCUCGCACUUCAAAUGGCGGACCACCACUCCCAGUAGUCUCGUCCGCCCCACUUUCGACGGCAGCACCGCCGCGAUCGAUCGCAGAAUCAGAGAAGAAAGAGAAAUCACUACACCCCCACUCACUCAUUCACUAUCACUGCUCAUUUGACUAAACCGACCUCCACUGAGGAAAAUUAGUCAAAGCUAAUCCCUAGUCAAUUCACGGUUGAUUCGAUAAUCUGUAAUGGAGCCGCUAGCUCUGACGGCAGAUAGAUCGGACGUUCCCGCGUUUGACACCCUCCAGUUCAACGAGGAGAUCCAGCGGCUGAUCGCCCCGCCGCUGCCCCCCGGGAACGCCGCGUCCUUCACGGCACUCCUCGAGCUUGCUCCGACUCAGGCCGUGGAGCUCCUCCGCCCGCAUGAGCCCCCCGGUUCGAAGCCCUACUUCGACUCCGCUGCCGAUGGGGCUGCUCUGUUCCCCCUGCCGAGCUCUGCUCCCGUCGACUGCUCUGCAAAGUACGCCGCGUUCGCCGGAGGGAGCAGCUCCUCGCCGGACGCGAGCGUCGUGAGCUUGCAGGAGGUGAAGAGCGAGGCCGGGACUGACAGCACCUCGAGAUUGAGCUCGCAGCCGCAGCCGCAGCCGGUGGUUUCUGAUCCUGCCGUGGAGAGCAAGGGGCGGAGCUCAGGGAAGAGGAAAGAGCGGGAGCAGAAGGGCAAAGGAUCCGCGAAGAAGAAGAAGAAGAAGAACGAGAGCUCAGACGACGGGCAGAUACUUCCGUACGUCCAUGUCCGAGCUCGCCGGGGACAGGCCACUGAUAGCCAUAGCUUAGCAGAGAGAGCGAGGAGAGAGAAAAUCAAUGCCCGGAUGAAGCUGCUUCAGGAGCUGGUCCCAGGAUGCGACAAGAUUUCGGGAACAGCACUGGUGUUGGAUGAGAUCAUCAACCACGUGCAGUCCUUACAGUGCCAAGUCGAGCUCCUAUCGAUGAAACUUGCAGCAGUUAAUCCUCAGAUUGAUUUCAACCUUGACAGCAUAUUCGCAGCAGAACAUGUCUCUCUAUUAGACAGUGACUUUCCAGUGCCCCUGAUGUGGCCGGAUUUCCUGCCGCAGCAAUGGCAUUUUCUUUCACUGCAGCAGUCGGUUUUUGGGAAGGAAGAAGAUACCAAUUUUGUAGCGCCGGAAAUCUCACAUUUAACAUGCGACUAUUCAGCAGAUGCAGCGCCUCUCAGCUCUCAUCAAAUGAAAAUGGAGAUGUGAAGACAGAACGAAACCUACUACCACUAAUUAGUAUAGUCUGCAUGUGUGUAUAUACAUCAAUAUCCGUAUACCUAGUAAUAGUACUGCCGAGAUUAGCAGGGCAAUGAGGAGAGUCCUCCAGUACAUCCGACUUGGGUUUCCCCGUCUUCCAUUGAUAUUCUUUCUGUAGGUUGGAUCCCGAUUUCUCUGGUGGCUAGGACUGGAAACCCAUAUUCCUCUCAAUCCGAGAAGAAGAAUGUUAAGCCAGCGAUUCGUAUAAUUAUACCCGUAUAUCGAUAUGUACUACUAACUUUGUUGGCCAUUCUAAUCUGAACGCACUUUUCUCGUGUUGUCGGUGGACCGAUCAGUACUAUGAAAUUCCUUCAACAGCUCAA